UUUUUUGUAAUAUUUUUCGACUUUAUUGUUGAAUUAGGGCCUGCCCUGGCUGCAGUCUUUGCAUUUUUCCUUGGCGCUCUUUUUUGGACUGUCUUUUUCUUUGCGUUUGGCUUUACGGGCUCUGAAAUGUCAGACUGACUGUCGACAUCUGGGUUAAGAGUAGAGAGUACUAAAUUUGCCUCGAAUGAUGGGUUCUUUAGAACGAAGACUACAGGCCUAGAAAAUAAUAUUUAUAUCAUACCUCAUAGCCACUUCAAAGGUUAGGUUCGUUUUGGCUGUCAGUUACUCCCAUUUCCGCCUCCGUUUGACGUUUCUACGGUUUCUACAGUUUUCGUUUUCGUCGUUUCAAGCGGUUUCAAGUGAGAUUUGUAUGCAUUUAAGACAGUGGAAGUUUAUUUACAUUGUUGAACGCAGGUAUAACAAUCGUUUAAAUAUGCUGGUACUGGUUUUGGGUGAUCUACACAUUCCUCACAGAUGUAGCAGCUUACCGAGCAAGUUUAAAAAACUUCUUGUUCCUGGAAGAAUACAACAUAUUUUGUGCACUGGUAACCUUUGUACGAAAGAAUCUUAUGAUUAUCUUAAGACAUUGGCUAGUGAUGUUCACGUCGUUCGAGGAGAGUUUGAUGAGAAUCUAAACUAUCCUGAACAAAAAGUUGUCACAGUUGGACAAUUCAGAAUAGGAUUGUCCCAUGGUCACCAAGUAGUUCCAUGGGGAGAUCCCGAAUCUUUGGCUUUAAUUCAAAGGCAGUUAGACGUGGACAUUUUAAUUUCCGGCCACACACACAAGUUCGAAGCCUAUGAACAUGAAAAUAAAUUUUACAUUAACCCGGGCUCUGCGACUGGAGCUUAUAAUCCUCUUGACACCUCGGUUAUUCCAUCUUUUGUCCUAAUGGACAUUCAGAGUUCAACCGUUGUGACAUAUGUAUAUCAACUGGUUGGCGACGAAGUCAAGGUUGAACGGAUAGAAUACAAAAAGAGCUAAAUUUUGUACAAAGAAGUGAUUAAUUUUUGUAUGCAAUUUUUUUCCUGUUGCGUUGUUUAUAUAAAGGUUGCUACUGCUGGAGUUUGUGAGUACAGUCUUGGCUCUUAACAUGCAGAUUAAUUUGGUCAAAUCAUGCAAAUAUUGAUUCAAUUGCGUUUAAGCACUUAUAUUAAUAAUGUAAAUAAUGUAAGAAAUGUGUGAGUGUGACACGAGAAAUCAAUUAUUAGCACUCAUUUUUUAGACAUCAAUAUAAGAUUUAAUCCGAUAAAAUAUUACUUUUAUCACUGAUAAUUACUUCAUUCGAAUAAUCUAAUACUGCUCAUGAUAAUAGAGGAUAAAAUUUAAUUAUAGAUACAGAUAAAGCUCUUAAAGAUUCAUUACGAAAUUACUAGCACAGGUUUCUCUUCCGCCUAACAAUGAGUUUAACGCCCGAUUAAUAAUCAAAAUUACUAUUUUUGAUAUCGGCAUAAUAAAUCAGGUUCUUAGGUCAAGAUUUUAUUUUAGUCUUAUACAAGUUAUGCAGCUUAUUGGCUUUAUUUGGUAUAUUUUAAGAGAAUUUAAAUAUUUCCUGGACUUGUAAAUUAUUCAAAGUUAGGGAAAUUGGAAUGUUGAUGUAGCACCUUUCGGAUAUAAUAUACGAUCAUAUAGAAUAUAGGUAGACUGUAUUUAAUUAAGUUUCAAUUUAUUUACCCAAAUAAAUCGUUGUUUUGUAAAAGAA